UCCCCCCCGGUCUCGCCUCUUUAAAUGCGCGUCCGCCUCCGCCUCCCUCCUCCCCACACAGAGCUCACAAGCCCAAGUCGCGUCGCACCGAAGCAGAGUAGAGAAGGAGAGGAGCGGAGCGCCAUCAGCCGUCCGAUCGAGUGAUCCGAUGGCUCUCGCUCUCUCCACCUCUGCUGCUGCUGCCGCUGCCGCCGCGGCGCGGGCGCUCGCGGCGAGGGUGACGACGACGAGGGGUUACGCCGCGUCGGCGGCGUCGUCGGCGAUGAGGCGGGCGGCGGCGGCGGUGGAAGGGAAGGGCGCUGCGGGGAUGACGCAGGCGAAGGACGGGUCGUCGUCGUCGGCGGCGAGGGAGGUGUCGUGGGUGCCCGACCCCGUGACGGGCCACUACCGGCCCUCCAACUUCGCCGGCGGCGCCGACGCCGCCGACCUCCGCGCCGCCCACCUCGCCCGCAGCUACGCCCGCGCGUGAUGCGCGCGACCUCGCCGUCGUCCGACCGACGACGACGCCAUCCAUCCAUAUAUAUCUGCUCCGCGUCAACUACUCAUCACCUCUCGACCGCGCCGCGCCGCACGCCGCUCCGCCUCCGCGUGCACCUGAACGACGACGACGACGCAUCAUCGCCGGGCGGCGGAUCGGCCGGCGGCGGCGGCGGCAUCCCUACCGUUUCCUUGCUGCGUGUGGGCUGGAUGCUCUGCUCGUGUGCUGGUUCUUCGUGCACCUCUCAUGUAACAGCGAGCAGGGCCUCACUCUACUACUACUGUUUUUGUUUUUUAACUUUCACGGUUUCACCACGUACCCGAGUGUGAUGGUUUUAAUGGAACAAGUAAUAAAUCAGUUUAAUUUCCUUUCAAUUUCA